UGCUGGGAGAGCAGUGGGAAUGGGAGACGGGUUGUGUAGCUUCUCCCAAGAGCAUUCCUGCCUUUAUUAGCAGCUUCCAACUGGCAGCCAGAGCUGAUUUAAUAGUAAUGCUUUUUUUUUUAUGAAUCGUUGCUUAGACUGUUUUGAAUACUUUCUGCAUGACUAAUUAACGACCCGAAAUGAUUUAAAUUGCGCUGUUAAAACUUCAGGGCGUGCGAAACAAACGGCUCUUCUUCAAUAUUUUAUCUAAUCUCGGCAGUCGCAGGGACCUGGGGAGGGGGUAUCGCUCGUUAUCUAAAAGCCACUUAAGUGAGCUAAAAUGUGAUGUCAUGUUCUCUAAAUACACGGAGGUAUUUGUGCUCAGUCUGCCGAGACGCAGCCGUGACUGUGCGCUGUGAUAAACCUAAUUACGGCCUUUUAAACGAUAACAAAAACCCGCUGGAAACUGGCAGGAGAUGAAAACCUGCAGCCUCGUACGCGCAGUUUUGCUUGGGUAAAGCGUUCUGCAACAUUAUGCCGGGAUAAAACCGGAGUGAUUCAUCGCUGGAAAGACACUCCCAGCCUGAGCAGGGAGUUGGAGCUCGCUCGCCGGUGACCCUCGGGAAGAGCGGCAUCAGCCCCGCCGAGCGGGAAAGCUGCUGGGAAUAAGGACAGCUUGUGUAAGAGAGCAGGAUAACAACCUAAUUGUUCGAUGUGCAUAUAAACGCUUGAAAUAAUGCGGCAUCUAAUUUUUAAUGAAGCAUGAAGGAAAGCUAGAGCUCAGCACAAUCCCUGCCCGCCGGAGAUCCUAAUCUUCCCUUCCCAGCGCAGGAGAGUGCUCCAUGAGCCGGCCCCGGGAGGGAGCCGAGCCCAGCCUGCAGCCCCGGCACCCGCAUCCCUGGGUCUCGCAUCCCCGAAUCCCGCAUUCCUGGCUCCCGGGGUCCCCCGGCCGCCGAGGGCGCGAUGGAAAUUCCCUGAACGACCGGCUGGAAAAUACGUGCUGCAAAGGGGAGGUGUUUCGGCCGCCGCAUGAGCACGUCCUCGCCGGGCCAUGGCCCCGCCGCCCGCGCCGGCCUGGCUGCUGCUGCUCGGCCUGCUCAGCGCCCACGGCCGCGACUUCACCCGCAAGGACAUCGUCUACCUCCACCCCUCCACCACGCCGUAUCCUCGGGGAUUUAAGUGUUUCACCUGCGAAAGGGCCGCGGAUAAUUACGAGUGCAACCGCUGGGCUCCGGACGUCUACUGUCCCAGAGGUACAAGGUACUGCUUCAGCCAACAUAUGAUGAAAGUCACUGGGGAGAGUGUGUCUGUCACCAAACGCUGUGUGCCACUGGAGGACUGUCUGUCCACAGGAUGCACGUAUAUAAAGCAUGAAGAGUACAAGGUGUGCACGUCCUGCUGCGAGGGCAGCAUCUGCAACCUGCCCCUGCCCAAGAACUCCACAGACGCCGUGUUCACCACCCUGUCCCCCCUCAACAAGGCCCAGAGACUGUCCCCUCCUGUCCUGCUGACCACAGUGUGCCUCUGGCUGGGGCUGCUGGCCCAGCACUGGGUGACAAUGGCACAGCUCUGGGUGACAAUGCCACACGUGGCCCGGCCGGGCAGCUGAGCUGGGCGGGAACAUCUCAUGGACAUCCAACCUCUCCCUGCAGAGCUGGAGCUUUGGAGUUGGCUCAGAAAGGCUGGUUUUCCUCCUGGUUUCUCGGUCAUCACGACCUCCCGAGCCUGGGAUCAGGAUGGGUUCAAAACCUCCACGUUCCUACUGGUUUUUUUGAAGAAACUCAUGGAAAAUAUUCCCAGAAUCCAAUGUGCUCUUCACAGCAUCACUUAGGUUGAGAAAGACCUCUGAGACACCGAGUCCAGCCUAACAUUUGUUGAUGUCUGUGUUAUCUCUGUGAAGAAAUGUUCUUUCCAAGUACUACACCCCUGCUCACGUCAUCACUUACUGGACAUGGCCCUUUGCCACCUCCCCCUGCACUAAUUCCGGUGUCUCCUUAACCUGCUUGAGAACCCACAGUAAAAAACACACAGUCAGUGUCCCCCACACUUCCUGAUCCUCUUGGAGAGGGCAGGAACUCGCAGCAAGGAAGCAGCAACCUGGAAGGGAUGAGCUCAAGGGACCAGCAGGAGCUUGGAGCAACCGGUGGUGCCCAAAGGUGCUUCUCCCGAGGUGUCCAACGGCACAAAGACCCACCCCCAGGGCCCCCCCACAGAAAAUCCCUGGAGUUUAUAAACUGAACCAGCAAAACUCAAAAAAUCCUUGUUCUGGUGUGACUAGAGGUGUGUCAUCCCCAACCCUCAGGUGUGAGGAGGAUGGAGAGCUGGUGGAUCCCCACACUGAGGUGCUGGUGGUCACCAACCACCAUCUCCACGCUGGUUUAGGACAAUAUUUUCCUGUUUUGGCACCCAGCCCUAGAGUAUGAGAGAGAGAAAACCGAUCCUGAAUAGCUCUGUUAUUUUAUUUAAUGAAGUCUGGGCUACCCCAGCUGUGUUUUGGUGCCCUGUGUUGCUUGUUUUGCUUGGAAAUCUCGGAUGCAAUAUUUAUUUUUCUAUGUUGAGUAAGGUCUGAAGUGUUUAAAAGAUUCUUAAUGCUGAUAUUGCCAGGAAAAAAUGGGUGUUUUGCAAGUCAGUGAGCCUGUAAUAUAUAAAUUAUCAGAAAUAUAUAUAUAUAUAAAAAUAUAUAAAGAAUCAACUUUGUUUGCAAAGUCAGUAAUAAAA